UCAGGGGCAGGGGUGAAACUCCCAGCCCGGCAGGAGCGUCCGGGGCGCGCGGUGGGGGCGGGACCCGGGGAAGGGGUGGUGGUAACCGCUGGGUCUCCGGGCCCCGGCCUCUGGGGCGCAGGCCCAGACGCUCUCCGCUCCCAGAGCUCCCCGGGGGCGCCCCUCUCCCGCCCCCGCCGCGGGCGUCCUGUGCGCUGUAGUCGCGGCGCGCACUUUGCCCACCGUCCCUAGGUCGGGGGGGGCGUGGCCUGGCCGCGCGGGUCCGACGCCCCGGCUACUUAAAGGCGCUUAAAGGGGCCGCGCCGCGAGCGGAGCGCGGCGCCGACUGCCCAGCGCUUGUGGGUCCGGGGCCGAGCGCGGGGCCGAGCGGGCGGCGGGGGGCGCGGACCCUCCCCGCCGGCGGCGCUGAAUCACCCGCCGGGCAUUUGCAUCGCAGAGCGAUUUGUCAGCCGGUUUCCGCCAAGGUGUGCAUGAGACCCCGGAAGGAGGAGGAGGAGGCGGCCGGCAUGCCACACCAGCCCUCGGCCUGAGAGCCCCCGCCCGCCGCCACCCUGCACUGCCCCGGCCCCCCCGCGGCCCCUUCCCCUCCGAGGCCCCCCGGAUCCCGGGCCGGGCCGGCCCGCCGGGCCAUGAAGCUGCAGGCCGUCAUGGAGACACUGCUACAAAGGCAACAGAGAGCCCGCCAGGAGCUGGAGGCCCGGCAGCCCCCGCCUAUGCCCCCCGCUGCCCCCCGUGGCCCCCGAGGCCCCCCGGACGAGGAACGAGAACCAGACACCUCCCGCAUGCAGCGGGCACAGAUGGCCGCCCUGGCCGCUAUGCGGGCGGCCGCGGCCGGCCUGGGGGGCCUGGGUCAGGCAGCAGGAGACGCCGAGGACAGGGGCCCCGGUUCCGAGGAUGAGGAUGCCCCCCGGGAGGGCUCCCCCGGCCGGGACGGCAGCAGGCAGGGCCGGGCGGACGGCGACGGGCAUUCAGACAACACUGUCUCCGAGGAGGACGAGUCGAAGCCGAAAUGGGAGGAGGAGGAGGAGGAGGAGGAGGAAGAAGAGGAGGAAGAAGAGGAGGAGCUGGAGGAGGAGGAGGGGGAGGAAGAGGAGGAGGACCUGGACGAGGAGGAGGGGCUAGGCCCCCCGGGCCCCACGGCCCUGUUCCCCCGCAAGGCCCCUCUGCCCCCCGCUUUCCGUGAGGGCACGCCCCGGGCGUUGGGCGGCCAGGAUCGGGGGUCUGGGCCAGCCCACCCCGGAGCGGGCACCCACGGUGUUGCCCAGCUGCAGCCGCCAGACCACGGGGACUGGACUUACGAAGAACAGUUCAAACAGCUCUACGAGCUGGACGGAGACCCCAAGAGGAAGGAGUUUCUCGAUGACCUGUUCAGCUUCAUGCAGAAGCGAGGCACGCCGGUGAACCGCAUCCCCAUCAUGGCCAAGCAAGUGCUAGAUCUCUUCAUGCUCUACGUGCUGGUGACGGACAAGGGGGGGCUGGUGGAGGUCAUCAACAAGAAGCUGUGGAGAGAGGUCACCAAGGGCCUCAGCCUGCCCACCUCCAUCACCAGCGCCGCCUUCACACUGCGCACCCAGUACAUGAAGUACCUGUACCCCUACGAGUGUGAGAAGCGCGGGCUGAGCAGUCCCAACGAACUGCAGGCCGCCAUCGACAGCAACCGGCGGGAGGGCCGGCGCCAGGGCUUCGGGGGCUCCCUCUUCGCCUACUCGCCCGGUGGGCACGGCGUGCUGCCCGCCCCUAAGCUGCCCGUGCCUGGCCUGGGGCUGCCCGCCGGCACCAACGGCAGUGCCCUCCCCACGGCGCCCAAGAUCAAGAAAGAGGAGGACUCAGCCAUCCCCAUUGCCGUCCCCGGCCGCCUGCCCGUGUCCCUGGCGGGCCACCCAGUGGUGGCGGCCCAGGCAGCAGCGGUGCAGGCGGCGGCAGCCCAGGCUGCGGUGGCGGCCCAGGCGGCGGCCCUGGAGCAGCUGCGGGAGAAGCUGGAGGCCGGGGAGCCCCCCGAGAAGAAGAUGGCACUGGUGGCGGACGAGCAGCAACGGUUGAUGCAGAGGGCGCUGCAGCAGAACUUCCUGGCCAUGACGGCACAGCUGCCCAUGAGCAUCCGCAUCAACAGCCAAGCCCCCGAGGGCCGUCAGGAGGCAGCUGUGAGCACCGGCGGCGGAGGCAGCAGUAUCACCAUGUCGGUGGAGAUUAACGGCGUCGUGUACACAGGAGUGCUGUUUGCUCAGUCCUCCGCAGCUGGCAAAGGCGGCGGCGGCGGCGGCGGCGGCGGCCCUGGGGGCCGGGGAGGCACCAGCGGGACCUGUACAGCCGGCGGUGGCGGUGGCUCGACCAGCGGGGGCGACCAGGGGACCCCCACUUCUACCUCAAACAACUCGGUGCCUUAACCACGCCCCCUGCGCCCCCUCCAGCAGCCCGAAACCAGGCAAGGGGUCCCGGCGUGCUGGGGGGGCGCACAGGAGCCCAGCUGACGCCAAAAAGCAGAGAGAGCCGUGUACACACACACACACACAGACACACACACACACACUUAUAUAUAAAACGUGUAAUGAUAGCCAAGGAGACACUUGAAUCACUCAGGUGGGGACAGACAGAUGCCGGGCCUCGAACCGGCACUGCCACCUCCCCACCCGUGGCUGCGCCCCCCCCCCCCCCCACUAUGGGGACCGUCUGUUUGGUUUCUGUUUUUCUGGGACUAGGGCAUUUUCUUUUUCUGUUUUAACUUUUCGUCCUGAUGGCAGCGGUGGGCGGGGGGGGCUGCUUCAUUCUCUGGAGGUGGGGGCGGCGUUGUAAAUAGUCUAUUUUAUUCUGGGGGUGGGCGCAGAGUUUGUAUACAGUCCUGUGUGUGUCUUCAGGGAAACUGGACUUGGACAGGCAAAAAAAAAAUCCUCAGAAGUGAGGGGCCCCUCUACUGUCCCCAGGGACCCUAAUCUGCCCUGGGGGGGGGGCUGGACUGGAGGCCAUCAACUCAGGUGCUAUUGGGGGGUGGGGCCCUCCUCCCACUUCACCCCACAGUGGGGGUCUGCAUUCUUUGGUGGGGGGCAGGACUCCGGGAGGGGAGGGGUGUCCCCUGUCUGAACCCCCAGGCCCCUGUCUCAGGGAUGAUCCGGCCUGGAGGCUCUGUUUCUGUCUGGGGGUGUCCUGCACCCCUUCCCACUCCUGUCCCCCUCCCCCAGGCUCCACCUUCCUCUGGGUUGGGGGAUGCUUCCUGCUGAGCAUGCGGCCAAGUCUGGGGGCCCCGGGGACCCCGUAACCCAGGCAUAGCUGCCCCCCUCAGGGAGCUCCUUCACCCCUGCACCCGUACGGCUCCCUGUGGAGGACCCCAGCUGCUGUAAUUGGGCCCCAGGGUGGGGGCACUAACAAGGCGGGGGGGGGGGGGCAGCCUCGGUGCCUCCCUGGGGCACAGGGCAGCGGUUGCCUUGGGGGUGGGGGUGGUGAGCCCAGAAAUGGGGUGCCUUCUGGAUGGCCCCGGGAGUCUUGUGAGGGAACCCUUCUUUCCCCAGUCUUGCUCAGGGUGGGUGUCCGGGGGGGGGGGGGGCGGCAUCCAGGGCCCCUUCCCCAGUCUUGCUCAGGGUGGGUGUCCGGGGUGGGCGGCAUCCAGGGCCCCUUCCCCUUUUCCUUCUAGAAAGUUCUCUCCCCAGCCCUCUCCCUCUGCAGGAGCACAAUCAUUGUGGGAGACACAAUCUGGCUGGGUGCCGGGACCUUCUGUGGGCCGAGCACCCUGUCCCCCUCCUGGGGGAGCUCUUUCUACCUCAGGUGUGACUUGAUGCCAAAUCUACCUGCCACCCCCACCCCGCGGGGCGAGGGCCUGGCCUGCUGUUCAAGCUGAUUGUAGGGGGUUUGGGGGCCCCGGCCGCCCUGUCUGGGGGUGCAGCUCAGCAUCCUGUAUGCAAGCCGGGUGGGGAGGGGCUUCCUGUGGAGAUGGCAGGGUGGUCUCCAAACUCAGGGCAGGGAGGGACGCCCCGCUGCCCCCAUGUCCUGGGCCGCUUCUAGAAUCUUCCCGGUGACCUCUGAUCUGGCUGGGGGGUGGGGUGGGGUCUUGUGCACCACUGUACUGCUGUUUCUUCUCGUGUGCCCCCCCCCCCGUGCCCCGCCUGCCCCCCCAUGCCCUCUGCUUGGCCAUGUCCGCCCGUGAAAUGUCUCUGGGGACGGGGGGGGGGGGGGGGGCAGGGGCUGCGACCCCAACUCAGGGCAAAAGGCAGAAACUGUAAAACAGAAAAAUCGCAUCCAACACAAAGGUCUCAUCAUCUACCUCUGGCGGGCCUCCGCCGCGGACUCACACUUUGCAGGACGUGUCAGGUGUUGAAAGGGAAGCUGGACAGACAGACAAGACAAAAGACCAAAAAGGAAAAAAAAAAGUUUUUAGAGAAAGGUGUGAUUUUUUUUUUUUUUUUUUUGGAGAUUUAAAAGAACACUGAAAGUUUACAUUUUAUAGUGACAUUAUUAUCAGAUUGUAUUUAAGUGGGUUGUGACCUGCGGAGCUGAUAUUAAACCAAGACAAACACUCGCACUCGGA